GCCCCCGACGGCGGAUCGAGGUGCACCGCUGGCCGCCCCCGACGGCGAAUCGAGCUACGCCGCUGGUAGAGUGUUGAACUUCCUCCCGCAGCUUCAAUCAACCCUUGUUCAGUUGUGCAUUGCCGGCCUCCUACCUCCAUUGCUACGCUAGCUGCUGGAGGAAAAGGUGUCACCCGUCACCUGGUGUGACUUUUCCUGAGGUUCCUCUCCUCCCGACAGCCACGACGGAUAGGAGCUGGUUGCAUGGCACACUAUUUUCCAAUGAAUAUGUCACUGUUGUCAAGGAAUUUAUGGACUUCAUUAAAGAAAAUUUUGGUGACAAUGAUGAGAUUCUCUGCCCAUGUGCUAGAUGCCUAAAUCAAAAGUACCUAGAUCAGGCCAAUGUCAAGAACCACAUAUUGAUGAAUGGUAUGGACUGUACAUAUACUCGAUGGAUAUAUCAUGGAGAGGACAUUAAUCUAGAUGCUAAUGAACUUCCUGUGCAUGAUAGUGAUACUGGUUCCCUACAUGGGAUGGGUGUCCUUGAGGAUGAUAGCAAUGGUGAUGAUCGGCUUGAGGGGAUUCUAAGGGAUUUACAAACUGCAGAAGAACAAUGUAGAACUGAUGGUGAAAAUCAAGAUGGAAACAGUGACGAUGGAAACCCGAUGGAUAAGGGCUCAUUUUUGGAUCAUGUGAUGAAGGAGGCAAAGUGUCAACUUUAUCUAGGUUGCAGCAAAUUUUCAAGGUUCUUCUUUGUAGUAAAGCUACUUCAUAUGAAGUCACUUUAUAGAAUUACCAAUACUGCAUUUUCUGCAAUUUUAAAGAUAUUGAUUGAAGCAUUUCCAGAUUUCAAUACACUCCCAAAGUCAUAUAAUGAAGCAAAGAAACUUCUAAAGGAUUUAGGACUUGGAUAUGAAUCAAUCCACGUGUGCUUUAACAAUUGUGUUCUGUUCCGGAAGAAUUAUGCUAAGCAUGAUAAUUGUCCAAUUUGUCAUUUGUCAAGAUGGAAAGACCCUGAAAGAAAGAAGGUUCCACAGAAAGUAUUGCGUUAUUUUCCGUUGGCACCUAGGCUAAAGAGAAUAUUUGCUUCCAAGCAGGGUGUAGAAGAUGCACAAUGGCACAAGUUAAAGAGGGAGCCUAGUGAAAAGGAAAUGAGUCAUCCUGCUGAUGGUGAGGCAUGGCAAGAUUUUGAUAGAGAAUAUCUAGAUUUUGCCAAAGAUCCAAGAAACCUCAGACUUGGCCUUGCUACAGAUGGAUUUAAUCCCUUUGGCAAUUUUAAUACAAAGUACAUCAUGUGGCCUGUAUUUGUUGUUCCAUACAACUUUCCCUUUGUUGAUUUAUAGCCUCUUGUAGAAGAUUUGAUUAAGCUUUGGAAGGGUGUGUCCACUUAUGAUGCUGUUAGUGACAAAAAGUUCAAUCUCCGUGCUGCAGUUUGAUGGUGUUUUCAUGACUAUCCUGCUCUAAGUACUCUUUCUGGAUGUACUACGAAAGGCUAUUUUGCAUGUACUCAUUGUGACAAGAAUCCUCUUUCAUAUGGCCGAAGGAUUAAAAUUGUGUAUAUAGGUCACUACUGUUUCUUACCAAAGGGACAUCGUUUGCGGAGGAACAAUGAAUUUGUUGGGCUUCAUGGAACCAAUGAUCCACCGGGUAAAUUUUCUAAAAAAGAGUUGCUAGCAAAAUUAGAGAAGGUAAGCCAUGUUAGACCUGGGAUCAAGCAACCAGCAAGCAAAAAACGGACGCGUCCUGAAAUGGACAGUGGCAACAGUGCUCAUGUGAGAAUUUGGAGCCAGAAGGUUUGUUUGUGGGACUUGGAAUAUUGGAAAAAUUUGAAGCUGAGACAUAAUCUUGAUGUCAUGCACAUUGAGAAGAAUAUAUGUGAGAGCUUGAUUGCCACAAUUCUCAAUAUACUUGGGAAGACAAAGGACACGGUGAAUGCUAGGCUUGUGUUUGGACAGCAUUAAAUCGUGUGAUGUUAAUUUACUUUUGCUAAGAACUGAAGUCCUGUUCAAUAAAUAGUAAUUUGUCUAUUAUAUUUUCACUUCACUUAGAAAUGAAUCCAUAUGAAGCGUUGCAUCUACAACAAUGUAUGCGGAAUGGUGCAAGGCUGCAACAGUUUGGACUUCCUGCUCUAGCCACCAUGCUUGGAAAAAAUGCGGCCAUUCCUCCUUACAAGAAUUUGCCAAAGCGUAGUAAUGGGCAGGACUCUGAUUCUGAUUAUGAUCCUGACCAGGACGAUAACUGUGAAGGUGAUUUGUGUGCUGCUAACAAAGCUAAGGAAGCAUUGAAGGUCUCAAAGAAGACUUGCAAGGAAACCAGUAACAAAAGUUCUGCUAACAUGGCUCCUGGUGGGGUGAAGCCUCGGUCUAAGAAGAGAGUUGUUGCAGAUCAGCAAUCAACUAGAACUAUAAGGCC